ACACUUCAUCUAUUGCAUCCACAUCAUCACGGGUCCAACCACACAGAAGCAAAAAGAACACCUCCUCCGGGUCAUCCUCUCGCAGACGAUACGAACGAAAUACUCAUCAUGAUAAUCAGCGACAUUCCAUGAAGCGUUGAUAGGUUUGAGGCUCUUAAAGACGUACAGCUCUUUGCACGAAAACUGAUUUUUAAAAAGAUGUUCCAUAACUCCACCUCUGCCUCUAUUUGUGACACGCGUGAUGAACUACUUGCACUUCAAGCUCUUGAGGACUUAUCGGGUGAAAAUGAAAUACAGAAUGAUGACUGGUUCCCCACGCAACUGUAUCCUAGAUCAAGCUGAGUUACGGCAAAUUUUGAAUCAAGCGAAAGAUGAGGACAUCAUCACCUCUAAACAAUACGAUUCUCUGUGGAUUGACAACCCGAUGAUUGCCACCUUCUAUUUACUGCCAAAGAUUCAUAAGCAUGCCACUACACCACCAGGUAGGCCCAUCGUGUCAGGAUGUAACAAUUUUUGUGAUAGAAUCUGCAAAUUAAUAGACCAUGUAUUAAGAAAAAUUGUUGAAACAUUACCGUCCUAUCUCAGGGAUACGACGGAUGUUUUGAGGCGAAUGGAACACAUCCAUAUGGACAGCGAUAUGCUUAUUGUAACAUGCGAUGUAGAGUCACUCUAUACUUCUAUUCAUCACGUUGAUGGUCUAAGAGCAGUUCAAGCUUUCUUGAUGAUGUCUGAAGUGGAUGAUAAUCUGAGUAGGUUCAUCACAGAUCUUCUUAGUUUUACCCUGACACAUAACUUCUUUAUUUUUAAAGAAGUUUUUUAUCUUCAAUUGCGGGGGACCGCUAUGGGCGCGGCUUGCGCCCCAGCUUAUGCCAAUCUCUUUUUGGGAUUUUGGGAGCGGUCUAUUUUCCUCACCGAAUCCCCUGAAUUCAUCGAUCGAGUACAAUUGUGGGCACGUUAUAUCGAUGAUAUAAUUUUUAUCUGGAAAGGAAGUGUGGCAGAAUUGGAAACUUUCAUCCAGAUCUUGAAUAAUAAUAGUCUUAACAUAAAACUGACUCACAAGGCAGGCCGUAGUAAUAUGGAUUUCCUUGAUGUCUCUUUCAGUGUGGACGACCAGGGAUAUGUCCAAUCCAAUCUGUUUCGAAAACCAACCGCAACCAAUUCUCUGCUGCAUGCACAAUCAGCACAUCCACCGAGCCUAAUUAAAGGUAUACCUAUUGGUCAAUUCCUGAGGUUGAGAAGAGUAUGUUCCACUGAAGCUGAUUUUGAGAAAUGUGCCCUUGAUCUGUUUAACAGAUUCAGAGAACGAGGCUAUCAGGAACAAUGGCUCAGGAGAGCAUAUUUGAGAGCGAAGCACACCAAGAGAGAUGCCCUUUUGCAACCGAAGCCUCGCGAGAAACGGGAUAACCAGGUGAGACUUAUUUCUAGGUACCAUGCACAAGUCCCUGAGUUUCGGAAUAUUCUAUCUAAAUACUGGGAGGUUCUCCUGGUAGAUCCAAUUCUCAAGCUAUACUUACCUCCAAGACCAUCAAUCACCUUCCGAUGGUCACCGAACUUACGGGACAUGUUGGUCCAAAGUCAUCACCGAGCCAUAGUUCAGAAACCUGCUUUUGAGAGACCUAAACCCAGAUGGGGAUGUGCCCCCUGUGGAAAAUGCAAGGCCUGUGUCAAUAUUUGCACUGAUACUGUAUUUCCUAAUUCAAAUGGCUCAAGCAUUUUUACCAUUACCCACAGGAUUUCAUGCGAUACCAUAGGGGUGGUAUAUCAUGCAACAUGCCCCUGUGGCCUCAUAUACAUGGGGAUGACGACUAGAGAGCUUCGAAGACGUACACGAGAACACGUACUUGGUAUUUUGGCAGCCAAAGAAGAAAUGGAUACCACAAAACUAACAACAAUUCCACGGCAUUUUAAACAAUAUCAUGAUAGUGACCCACACGGAUUCUCGGUAAGAGGGAUUGAUCGUAUCUUUAUUGGUACUAGAGGUGGUGAUUGGAAAAUACAGCUUGCCCGCAUGGAGACUAGAUGGAUAUAUAAGUUGAAAACUUUGCGCCCCGAUGGCCUUAAUGAUCAUGCUAGCUUUGCGCCAUUUCUGUAGCUAGGCAUAUUUAUAAGUUGACUCCGUUUCGUUUUGUGUCUAGUCUACUCCUUGAUUGGAGUUUUUUUAUUGUCUUUUGAUUUUAAUAUUAUUUUAAUCUUAUUCAUCUCUUUUUCCCUUCCUUUCUUUUCUAUUCUCUUUACCCUUAGGAUGUUUUGUCUUGUGGUCUGAGGGGCUGAAUACUUCUGUGUGGAUGGCCAUACCGUUACCUCUUGUUGCUCACCAGUGACUGAGACUUGAAUGAAUAAGCAAUUUUUAAUUCCUGCCAUACACCUGGGAGAUUUAUAAUGUAUUAAUAGAUCAUGAUUAUUAUUAACUUAAAAUUGGUCACUCUAUUUAUAUUAAUUAUAUAGUGAUUUUACUAUCACAUGAUUGUACACAUUUAUUUAAUUAUUGAAUUUCUUUUAUGGAUUAUUCUGAUUUGGUAGUCGUUUCACUUUAUCGAUUUAGAUGCACUCAUAUCAUGGUUUUUAUUUUUAAUUUUUAAAUAUAUGAUGUUUCUUUUGACGCACUAUAAUAUGAAUUUUUGCAUAGUUCAUUACUGCACAUUAUC